AUGUCUGGGAAAGCAGAACUGACCAUAAAAUUUCUCAUCGUUGGUGGCGGAAUUGCAGGCCUGGCGUGCGCGAUAGCACUUAGGCGAGUCGGCCAUCAUGUAGUUGUUCUCGAACAAUACUCUGAUAUAGACAUUUUGGAGAUGUUGCACGGGGGCAUUCGAUUGCCUCCAAAUGCCUCGAAAGUUCUCUUUCAUUGGGGCCUUGAGCGUGCUCUUCGGCAGGUAUCCAUGACGUCUAGCGCUAUAGAGGUUGAGAUUUACGAAACCGGCGGGUUUAUUGGUAUGCAUCUUUGGGAAGAAGAGGUUCUGCGAGAGACUAGAGGAGACUUCCUCUUCCUACAUCGCGCCAGUCUCCGGAAAGUUUUGUACGAUACGGCGAUAGCAGCAGGCGCUGAAGUGCGAGCAGGCACAACCGUUGUCUCUGUAAGUGGUGAUGGCCCUCGUGUGAAGUUGACCACGGGGGAAACGCUGCUGGCCGAUGUGAUUGUUGGUGCCGAUGGCCAUUCGAGUGUGGUGCAACAAGCAAUUGUCGGUAAGGAUGUUCUUGACGCAGCGCCAUAUCAAUCAUUAUUCUACGAUACUACUAUCCCGGGAGCACUUAUGAGAGCCGAUCCUCAAUUGGAACCCUUCUUUAAACAACCCGUUGAGACUAUGUUUAUUUGGUUGGGCAAUAAUCGCUCGGCUGUGGCGUUCCGUAUGGGCGCUAAGGAUGAGUUUGCGCUACACAUGUGGGUGCGUCCCAUGAAAAAGGGGCUAUCCGAUGAUGAUGAUGGCUGGGAAGGAGGCCUUGAUUUAAAGGAGAUGCGGCAGCAGCUUGGAGAAUGCGAACCGAGACUCUUAAAGAUGACCAAAUUGGCGGCCACACCUGCCUGCGUACAGGUCAAGAUGGUUCCACCAAUAGAGGAUUGGGUUGAUGACCAUGGUCGUAUGGCAGGAUCCUUGCAGGGCGGCGCAAUGGCUGUAGAAGACGCCGCUAUCUUCGGGAAGAUCGCUGCGCCAGCGAGCAAUACAAUCAGGAGAUGCGCGCCAGGACUGCUCAAGGGGAAAGCGUUUUUUGGCAUCAGCGAAGCUUCUGAACAAUGGGAGCAGCUCAAAGAACUUUGGGAAUAUGAUGCUGAGGAUGAAGCCGACGACUGGUGGGUCAAGUGGGGCCUUCUCCGUGAGCGAGCGAAGCAGCGAUUGUUAGACAUGGAAGCAGAAAUAAACACCGCGCGGCUGCGUAGUCUCCGUAUGCGAGCAUGA